AUUCCGGAAACAUCAAGCACGAAGGGACAAAUAACGACCACGGAUAACAUAACAAAGUGAUUUUUGCUUGACACUUUGAUAGUUUGGCGUCAUUGGCGUAACAUAAACGUCAACCUAUUCCUCUUAUUUAAGAGGAAUGCAACCUUUUAUGUUGAGGGGAAAGGAAGGGAGAUAUCCUCGACAAAUUUCGGAAACAUUCGCCUCAAUUCAGUGUGAAAGCAAACUGACAUUGUAGGUGGACUCUGACAAUUCAGGGCGUGACGUCACUUCCUCCAGCAUCUUGCCGCAGACUCUGCGACCUCGCCUCUCGCUGCGUCUUUCACUGCUACACACCAGGUUUGAGCAUCCCCGAACCGGAACCGGGCCGUCGAGGAACCAUGCCAGAAACCACCAAAAGUCACGUGAUACUGCUGUCGUGCGGCAGCUUCAAUCCCAUCACCAAGGGACACAUCCAUAUGUUCGAAAAGGCAAGGGAGUACCUGAACAAAACAGGACGAUUCAUCGUGAUCGGCGGGAUCAUUUCGCCCGUGCAUGACUCUUAUGGGAAAGCUGGCCUGGUGUCCAGCGGUCACCGCCUGACUAUGUGUCAGCUGGCCGUGCAGUCAUCCGAUUGGAUCAGGGUGGACCCCUGGGAGUGUUACCAGGACACCUGGCAGACCACCUGCAGUGUGCUGGAGCACCACCGAGACCUCAUGAAGAGAGUGACGGGCUGCAUUUUGUCAAACGUCAACACGCCGUCGUCGACUCCCGUCAUCGGUCAGCCGCAGACCCGGGCGCCGACCGCUUAUCAGAACCGCAACAACUUGAACCACAAGCCCACUUCUGUCAAACUUUGGGGCAAGCUGAGUGAGAGUUUGGGCAAAGUUUGCUGCAUGCGUCCUCACAUGGAGCGCUUCGCCUUCAUUGAUGAAAACGCCAACUUGGGACCGGCCAUGACGUACGAGGAAAUCGAGUUGCGCAUCUUGCUCUUGUGUGGAAGUGACCUCCUGGAAUCCUUCUGCAUCCCUGGCCUGUGGAAGGACAGUGAUAUGGAGGUGAUCGUGGGCGAUUUCGGCAUAGUGGUGGUACCUCGUGACGGCGCCGACACAGAACGCAUCAUGAAGCAGUCGGCAGUUCUGCGCAAACACCGGGACAACAUCUUGGUGGUGGAGGACGACCGCAAACAUCCUAUGGCGCAGGUCAGCUCUACCAAGAGCAGGCUGGCGCUGCAGCACGGAGACGGACACGUGGUAGACUACCUGUGCCAGCCCGUCAUCGACUACAUCCUGGACACGCAACUCUACAUCAACGCUUCGGGAUAGACUCUGAGGUCUUAAGUUCCAGUUUAACACACACUUGCAGUCUAUAUAACAUUUCUUUGAAGCCGGAAUACAUGUUAGCAUCCCACCGAUCCAAUAUAGGGGAGAACAGGGUUGGUUAUCACUCAGGUUGGUUGUUACGCUUGCUAUAACCUGAGCACCAGCGGGCGGUGUUGCGCGAUAUCAGUAUCGAAAUGAUUCAAAUCGCGCCAAUAAAAACAUUUAAAGAUGCUAUAUGGAGUUGGUCACUUUUCUUUUUAACUCGCAAUUGCCACCUGUGGCCUAAAGCGUAACUGCAGCCUACUUUAAGCUCGAGCUCGAAAAAUAAGACAACGAGCAUUUAGCUCAGGAGUCGGGAACCUUUUAGACAGAGAGAGCCAAAACCCAACAUAUUUUAACAGUUUAAAAAAGCCAUACAAUAUGUGUCUAUGUGUAUGUUUGUAUAUAAACACACACUGUAUAUUCUACUGGUCCUUCUAAAAAAAUUAGCAUAUUGUGAUAAAGUUCAUUAUUUUCUGU